AAUGUUCCAAAUAAUAUAAUCAUAUGAACAAUAGGCAAGCCAUCUCUGGUCCAAAAAUAUUGAGAUGUUAAAACAAAUCAAGAUUCCAAUUCUGUAAGAAAAUGAAGAUUUGAAAUAAACCAUUGAAACUUUAAAAUAAAAUGAUAUUCAAAAUAGUGUUUAUGGUUAAUUAAAAGAGUAUGAAUAAAUUGAAAAGCCAAAGCCUAAGCUAAUUGAUUUAAAAUAUAUUAAUAGAGACUCAAACUUUUAGGAAGAAUUCUUAUCAAAAGUAAAUGAAUUUAGUCUAUCCUGGCGAUAAGAAGUGCAAUAGCUUAAAUAAUUAUGA